AAUGCUUCGUGGACUCGACUGGUCUCCUUCGAACGGCAAGUCGCUACUACUGUGUUUAAACCCUAAAAAUCUAGAAAAUAAUCAGCCAGCUUAGCAAGUGACCAAAAAUGGCGGUUGAAGAAGAAGCAAAACUCGAAGGAUUCCUCCAGUGGCUCCAGGCGAAUAAAGUUGAGCUACGAGGUUGCAGCAUCAAGUUCUGUGGUCCAGAUAAAGGGUUUGGUGUUUUUUCGUCGAAAGAUGUCUCUGAUGGGGUUCUGCUUGUUGUUCCACUAGAUUUAGCAAUAACUCCCAUGAGAGUUUUGCAAGAUCCUCUUAUUGGACCUGAGUGUAGAGCUAUGUAUGAAGAAGGAGAAGUGGAUGAUAGGUUCUUGAUGAUUUUAUUUCUCAUGUUGGAGCGAUUACGAAAAAACUCUUCUUGGAAACCGUAUCUUGACAUGCUUCCUUCCACUUUUGGAAAUCCACUUUGGUUUACUGAUGAUGAGUUAUUGGAGCUCAAGGGGACAACUUUAUAUCGGGCAACCCAAUUGCAGAAGAAAAAUCUGCUGUCCCUGUAUGAUGACAAAGUAAAGGGUCUGAUGAAGAAACUUUUAAUUCUAGAUGGUGAUUCAGAAGGUGAGGUGUGUUUUGAAGAUUUCCUUUGGGCAAAUUCUCUAUUUUGGAGUCGUGCUUUGAACAUUCCGCUUCCACAGUCUUAUGUAUUUCCACAAAUUCAAGAGGAUCAAGCCAUCAACUGUUCGGCUAACAACUCUGAAUCCUCCCAUAAUGAUAAUUCUUGUGAAGACUUGCUUAAUGAGAAGGAUGAAAAACGAAUCAAGGUUCCUGGAGUUGACAAUCAAGUCAGUGGUGCAAUUUCUACACCAGUUCAGGGAGAUACUCUCUGGGUAGAGGGUCUUGUUCCUGGCAUUGAUUUUUGCAACCAUGCUACAAAUUUGAAGGCAGCAGCAACAUGGGAGGUUGAUGGAACAGGCUUGGUAACUGGAAUUCCUUUCUCCAUGUACCUUCUUUCUGCUCAACAAACUGCCUUCCAAAUUGGCAAAGAAAUUUCCAUUAGUUAUGGUAACAAAGGCAAUGAGGAGUUACUGUACCUGUACGGAUUUGUCAUUGAAAAUAAUCCAGAUGACUAUCUUAUGGUCCAUUAUCCUGCAGAGGCUAUUCAGGAUGUUCCAUUCUCAGACUCCAAAAUGCAGCUUCUGGAAGCACAGAAAGGUGAACUGCGGUGUCUUUUGCCUAAAAGCUUGCUGGAUCAUGGAUUUUUUCCAGUAGGCACCCCAAACAAUGACAAUAAUGGUAAAUGCAAAAAUGAUCCAGUUUGCAACUUCAGUUGGAGUGGUCAGCGGAAGACGCCCUCUUACAUAAAUAAGCUGGUCUUUCCUGACGAUUUUUUAACUUCAUUGAGGACCAUAGCCAUGCAGGAAGAUGAGCUAUAUAAGGUUUCUUCAAUGCUCGAAGAGCUUGUAGGGUCUGACGGGGAGAGACAACCGACAGAUACAGAAGUUAGAGCAGCAAUAUGGGAGGCCUGUGGAGAUUCUGGAGCUUUGCAGUUGCUUGUAGAUCUUCUUCAAGCGAAGAUGGUGGAUCUAGAAGAGAAUUCCAGAACAGAGGAGUGUGAUUCUGAACUGCUAGAAAGGGCCCAGCAUGUUCAAAACCCAGAACACCAAGGAAGGUUUCUUUUACAUCACAGCAGAGCUGAGAUAGGUGGACUAAAUGAACUGGAGUUGAUGAGCAGAAAUAAAUGGGCUAGCAUAGUAUAUAGACGAGGGCAAAAGGUGCUCACCAGAUUAUUUCUCAAGGAAGCAGAACAUGCCUUGCAACUAUCUUUGAGUGAAGGAAAUUGAACACCUUUUUACUUCAUAUCUUGCUUUUAAUUUAUACAUCUCAUUCUGUUGAAGCUCUUAGAAGUACAAAAUUUUUCUAGUUUUACAAAAAGAAGACCGGCUACUAAAUACUAGCAUUUUCAGUGUCUUCCAAGUGAGCUACAUUCCUAAGCGUCCAUCCAAGAGCAUAAGCUGCUGCAGCUGCAAUGUCGCCAUUGCCAAGUGUAAUAGCCACAGACGGACCAUAACUUUGACUAGCUAUCUUAGCCUUCGCUAGUCCAAGUAAAGCAAGAGCCAAAGCUGCCAAAAUGCAAGCACUUGUAAAUUUCAGCGUGUCACUGUCAGUAAAUGGGAUAAGCACAAUGAAAGAAAGGAGAGGCAAACUGCCAAAAUGCCAAGAAAGCCAAAAAUGUGACGCCACCAUUCCUCCAUGGCUUCUCUGCUUCGUCAUGAAGUGAUGCAAUCCCUUUCUCAGUUGCCAUUUUCUCGUGUACAAGGAUUUCUUUAUACUUUGCAAAUAUCUACACAAUCUUGCACCAGAACAGUUUAUUAAUUAUUUAACCUACAAGAGAAUCAACUAAAGCAUAAGAAAAUUACUACUUUC